CUUGCACAUUUUAAUCUGAUUUUAAUGACAGUUUCGACCCUUAAAUUUGACCGAUUCGAAAACAUACAUUCCGUUUAAUUCCGUAAAAAUUAUAAAGAAUGCCAGUGACAGCGAAAAUAGGACCAUCAAUUUUGAAUGCUGAUUUAGCUGAUUUGGCUAAUGAGUCGCAGAAGUUAUUGGAUAAUGGCGCUGAUUACCUACAUCUCGACGUAAUGGAUGGCCACUUUGUGCCAAACCUUACUUUUGGUCACUCACUAGUAAAGUGUCUGAGAAAUAAAAUUAAGAAAGAGUUUUUCGAGACACAUAUGAUGGUGUCACGGCCGCAGCAAUGGAUUGAACCAAUGGCUGAUGCCGGUGUUAACCUUUACACAUUCCAUAUUGAACCAGUAAUGGAGGAAGUUUCAGAUGUUUGCCGGAAAGUACGUGAAUCAGGAAUGAAAGUAGGAUUAGCUCUGAAACCGGGUACCGAAGUUCAAGUGGUUGAAAAGUACGUAGAUAUGGCAGACGUUGUGCUAGUAAUGACUGUCGAACCUGGCUUUGGUGGACAAUCAUUUAUGGGUAAUAUGAUGCCAAAAGUGGAGUGGCUACGUCAGCACUAUCCAAAUUUAGAUAUUGAAGUUGAUGGCGGCGUUGGACCAAAUACUAUAGAACUUUGCGCGAGAGCUGGCGCAAAUAUGAUUGUUUCUGGCACAGCUGUUAUACAAGCACCUAAUCAGCGAGAUGUUAUAAAUUUGCUCAGGAGCACCGUGCAAAAGUACACAAAUAACACAUGUACACAUGUGCACUAAGAAUUCGACUGGUUCGGAAUUCAGGGCCAUACCAAACCAUAGUGCCGAUCAUGGCUUGUAUGCGGUCUGGUGAAAUCUUAUCAAAUUCACAUUACGCAAUUUAACGUAGUUCAUAAUUCAACAAAUAUUUCUUUGAAACCGAUCGUGACUGAAUGAAUAUUGUUUCUUAAUGAAUGUUAACAUUGUUUAUUAUUUGAUACUAUAUUACCUGAGCGCACCCCGAUUGGCUGUAUGGUGUGAGGUGGUCCUUAAAUUGUACUUAUAGAUUAUGAAUGGUUAAUAGUUGGGAAUGAAAAAUUUUUGGAGAAAAUGAUAUUCUUGUCGCUGUGUACAUAUAUAUUGUAGAAAUUUUUUAUGUAAGAAAAUAUUUUCUAUGACAAAAGACAAAUUAAAUAAAGUAUCUAUUACCUUACCAAAAGUCA